GUAAAUUUAUAAAAGAAAUUUAUGAGGAAAAACCAUAGCAAAAGGAACUCGGCAAAUAUUUGGCCUCGCCUGUUUAACAAAAACAUCACUAGGAGAAAACUUUACUCUUAGCAGUACCUGCCCAGUGCAAAGUUGUAAACGGCCGCCCUAGCAGGGUGCCAAGGUAGCGAAAUUCCUUGCCUUUUAAUUGUAGGCCUGCAUGAAUGGAUUGACGAGGGUCAAACUGUCUCUUGCUUUGUGUAGCGAAAUUGGACUGAAGGUGAAGAUACCUUCAUAUAAAAGUUAGACAAGAAGACCCCGUGCAGCUUUUAAAAACUUACUUAUUAAGAGUUAUAAGAUUUUUAGGUGGGGCGCCUAGGAAGUAAAACUUAACCUUCUUAUUUGUUAAAGAUAACUGUCUGGUGUAGACCCGGCAAGUCCGAUCAUGGGAGAAGUUACGCCGGGGAUAACAGGCUUAUCCAUUAGUAGAGCUCGUAUUGGCUAAUGGGAUUGGCACCUCGAUGUUGAAUUAAGGAUAAUACCUCUAAGGCGUAGAGGCUUUGGAAGUGGGUCUGUUCGACCUUUAAUACCUUACGUGAUUUGAGUUCAGACCGGCGUAAGCCAGGUCGGUUUCUAUCUUCUUUUGGAAAUUUCUUUCGACUUGUACGAAAGGACUGUUGAAAGAGGAGAUAUUCCUAAAUAUUAGAAUUAACUCUAACUAGAUAUUAAAAUGUUACCCAGUAUAAAUACUUAGGUUGUUUCUAAGGUUGUUUGGGUUGUGGUACUAUUAAAUUCUUGAGUAUUAAUAGUGUUUAGGGCUUUUUUUAGAUUACUUGCUGCAGUUAUGGCUAACUGUAACUUAAGUUUUUGAUUUUGUUGGGAAUUAGGUCAUGUUUCUAUAAUUUCAGUGAGAUUAGAUCUUUGUUUAGAUUGAAUUGCUGCUUUGUUUAUAAGAGUAAUUAUAAUAAUUUCUGGGUGUGUAGGAUUUUUUAUAAGAGUCUACAUGGGUUCAGAAGACACAGAGAAGCAGUUUAAUUUAACAUUAUAUUCUUUUGUCUCAUCAAUACUUAUCUUAGUAGUAGCUAGGUCAAUGCCUGUGGUAUUAUUAGGGUGAGACUGGUUAGGGGUGACUUCUUUUUUGCUGGUAAUAUACUAUGAAGGUAAAAAGUCUUUUGAUGCAGCAAUAAUUACUGCUUUAACUAAUCGCAUUGGGGACGCUUUAUUAAUUUGCAGAACAGCUGGUAUGUGUAUGGCAUCCGAUUUAAGCUUAGACAUAAAACCCUACUGUUGAAGGUUUAUUUUUAUUGUAGGAUGUAUUACUAAAAGAGCUCAAGUACCUUUUAGAAGGUGGCUUCCUGCUGCGAUGAUGGCUCCAACUCCGGUUUCUUCAUUGGUCCAUUCCUCUACUCUAGUGACUGCUGGAAUUUACCUACUAAUCCGGUCUUCUACUUUCUGGUUAAGCUCCAAUGCGGCUUGUAGUCUUUUGAUAGGUGUUGGGAUCAUUACAACUACUAUUGCAGGGGUAAGGGCAGUUAUGGAGAGAGAUGUAAAAAAAGUUGUUGCGUUAUCAACGUUAAGGCAGUUAGGGAUCAUGGCCUUUAGAUUGGGCUUAGGGGAGGUUGAAUUGGCUUUUAUGCACCUUGUGUGUCAUGCCUUUUUCAAGGCUGGAAUGUUCUUAAGAGUUGGGUCUAUAAUCAGGCAUAAUGCGGGUAACCAAUUUUUUAGGAGAUUUGGUAUAAGUGUUGCAAGUUUAUCUCCUUCAGCUGUUUUUGGGUUAUUUAUGGGUAGAAUCUCCUUAAUGGGGAUCCCUGGAACUGCUGGGUAUGCUUCUAAAGAGUCAAUUGUUGCAUCUGGUUAUUCAAGAAAUUCGUGAUUUAUGGGAGGUUUAAUAUACUUAGGUAUUGGAUUAACUGCUCUCUACUCAGUUCGUGUUCUUAUUGGUGUAACUAGAUUAGCUAAGCAUGGAAUUCGUGACUUUUUAGGGGCGCGAGAAACUUUGAUGCUGUCUGCCCCAGGCGUGUUCUUGGUAUUCAUAGGCUUAGUUGGUGGAGAAUUUGUCUUAUUAAGGUCUUCUGGUGGGUUUUUCUUUGAAUCCCUUUCUUCUAGUGAAGCUUGGUUUUGCCCCUAUUUAUUGGUAGUAGUUGGGGUAAUUGUUGGGUCUAUACUACAGCUAAUUUUAACUAAGUUUUAUGAGCUUCAGUCUAAAUGGAUUUAUGGUAUGAUUUUCUUAGACUUAAGUUCACGCUCUCUCGUAAGUGAGAAAGGUAGAACUAGAUUUUCUGGUGUAUCUGGAGAUGGGGAAAAUGUAGCUGAAGUCUCAAUCCCGGUUAGAACUUUGGAGGUAGGUUUAGAGUAUUUAUCUGAUCUUCAUAAUGUAAUUCAGCGAGCAUCCGUAACUUCUGGGGUUGGUGCCAGCUUGGGUUUUGGUAGUGCAUAUGUGGUGUUAUAAGUUUU